GAAAGACAACGGGUGUUUCUUCUUCCUCGAAGCUCCUCCGCAUCCCUAGAAAAGAAACACUCUUCUUCUCCUUCCUUCCUCUCCACGAGGAAUUUUCGGAGGAAGAAAUCCCAAUCCAAAGAGCUUACCUACCGCCACCGUUCUCCUCCCUCUCCUCGCAGAAUUUUCAGAGGAAGAAACCCAUAAUCCAAACGGCCUAUCGCCAAGAAAGUGAGAGGAAACGCAGAUACAUAUUGCUUCCACCUGCGUGAGAGGAUGAUCCCGUUCAUACAGCAGAGGAGUUCCAAGUUGAUCUAGCCGUGCUAGCCCUCGAGCGGAAGUCCAUCGAUGGCGAUGAUGGAAGCGCAUGGCGGCACGCCGAGGACCGACGCCGGCGGGAGCAGGGUGGAGUCCGAGCAGAGGAAGCUACGGCGCGUCGAGCUCCCCUCAUGGUCCUGCCCUCCCAACCGGCCUCCGGGCACCUGAGCUGAGCCUGCUCUGUGUUCUUGUCUUCUGCUUACUCCUCUCUCUCGAUUUGCCUCUUUGAUUUGUGUUCCUACGACUCGUAGUCUGAGGGAGCAAGCUACGAUCCUUGUGCCCUUCUCCUUCUUGUGUCUGAUCCUGUCCUCCUGCGGCGCAACGACACGGCUUUGCUCCCCAAGGGUCUCGCCAUUUCUGAGGCGAUUGACCUUGGGAGAAGGUCUUUUUUGACCUGUCUGGACCACUGUGUUCUUGGGAACCAGGCCGUCGGUCUCGCUGUUGUUUCCUUCCUGUUGGCCUCCGUUGUCUGCGCUCGCAGUUACACAGGUCAAUAUAUUCUUGGGAAACUGGGGCGUUCGUGCUUUGCAGCCUCCUGCUCCUGUCUUGUCGUUGUCGCGAAGAUCUGUGACAUUCGGGACAACGAGUAUACUCGGUUCUUGGCCCUGGUGCCUGUAAAAAUCCUUGUUUCGCAGGCGUCAAGCUUGUCUCCCCCGUGGCAGUUCAAGAAACCAUAUUCUGACCCAGCUGCGCAUUUCACCUCGACGGUUUCUCUCUAAGCUUCAUCCAGUACGCUCUCGAUCUCACGUCCUUUGGCCUUGUGGGACGAGAUGAACUCUGGCCCCUUCAGCGGCGCGGUGGGGCUCUACGAUGGGUUUUACGGUGGUUUCGGCGGCGGGCAUGGACAUGAACAUGGCUUUGGCCAGCAUCUGGGAGCGUCGACGUCGUCGUCGGUCCUGCUGGAUGGCGGGACGGGGGAGCUGGCCGCAGCCGCCGCCGCGGACGUGCCGAAGAGGAAGGGGGGAGCGCGGGAGGAGAAAGCGGCGACGGCCCUUAGGAGCCACAGCGAAGCGGAGCGGCGGCGGAGGGAGAGGAUCAACGCGCACCUCGCCACGCUCCGGAGCAUGGUCCCCUGCACCGACAAGAUGGACAAGGCGGCGCUGCUCGCGGAGGUGAUAAACCACGUCAAGAAGCUCAAGAGCGAGGCUGCGCGGGUGGGCAAGCACUGCCCCGUCCCGUCCGGCGCCGACGAGGUCACCGUCGAGGUCGUCCAGCAAGCGCAAGCAUCCCCGCAACACAGCCGCGCCGGCGCCGCCUUCCUCGUCAAGGCAACGCUCAGCUGCGGCGACGGCUGCGCGGACCUCUUCGCCGACGUGAGGCGCGCGCUGCAGCCGCUCGCGCCGAGGGUCGUUGGCUCGGAGGUCACCACGCUGGGCGGGCGCGUCCGGAUCACCGUCGCCAUGUUGCGCGAGGGCGCCGUGACGGCGGCCUCGGUCCGCCAGGCGCUCGACUCGGUGCUCGACAGGGUCGCCAGCGCCGCCGCCGCCUUCGAGUUCUCGCCGAGGGACUCGCUCCUGGCCAGCAAACGCCGGAGGGUCUGGACGUUCGACUCCUCCAGCUCUUCUUCUUGAGACGGCCGGCUCCACAGAUAUUGAUUCGGACGGACCGACAGUAGCUAGCACGCUCUGGUGGAUGCAUGCAUGCAUGCUGGAUCCCAUCCGGCUUCGCCCACAGAUUGACUCUGAGCCUGCGAUGCAAAGAUCGUACGACUUGACUUUUCAUCGGUCGUGGCUCGUGGAGAUAAAAAAGCAAAGUGCCAUGUGAACAUUGCUCAGUAGUCGUUGCUGGGGUUGAUUGUCUUUUGAUUUGUAUAAGAAUUGACAUUUUCCAAGCUA